UUUCUGAUAGUUCUGGUCGUUCAGGAACAGUGGAGUGGGAGAAGUUUGCCGGACUUUUAUUGUUCUGCUUGUCUUCAUCUGGUCUUGUUAAAUUUAAUUUAGACACUGUGCGUGCAUAUAUUGGAUAUUGGAUGUACAAUAUCAACCACUUAUAUACCAAUAGUCCGAAUCAAGUUCAAGGAUAAGUAAGCUUGUUGGACAAUUAAUAGGCCUAGUUGUUUUUCUAUCAGUAGAUAAUUCCUGUAUAAUAAGAAUUACUGAUUAUUAUUAUAUUACACCCUGUUAUUGUCCAUUAGUAAUAUUAAAAAAAAAAAUUAAUAAUAAUUUAAAAAUGGCUUGCUCAUUUCGGUUUUUCAGUAAGAUUUUGAUCUCAAAUUCAAAAUUAACUCAAAUAAAUGCUUCUUACACAUAUGCAACUGCUGCUUACCAACACAUACUGACGGAUAAGGCUGGUGAGAAGAAGAAUGUAGGGGUGAUCACACUCAACAGGCCCAAGGCUCUAAAUGCACUGUGCGAUGCUCUAGUGUCUGAGCUUGCGGAUGCGGUUGACGCCUUUGAUAAAGAUGAUUCAGUUGGUGCUCUUAUUAUCACUGGAAGUGAAAAGGCUUUUGCAGCUGGUGCUGAUAUCAAGGAAAUGAUGAAUACAACGUUUGCAUCAAAUAUAAAGACAGGACUGCUGGAGAGAUGGAAUGACAUUUCAAAGUGUAAAAAACCCAUUAUCGCUGCUGUCAACGGAUAUGCGUUGGGCGGAGGAUGUGAGCUGGCACUCAUGUGUGAUAUAAUCUACGCUGGCGACAAGGCCAAAUUCGGCCAGCCAGAGAUUGCUAUUGGGACGAUCCCCGGUGCUGGUGGCACUCAGCGCAUCGCUCGCAGUGCAGGCAAGUCUAAGGCUAUGGAGAUGUGUCUCACUGGCAACCAGAUUACUGCAGCAGAAGCAGAGAAAAUGGGUAUUGUGAGUCGGGUUUUCCCAGCGGAUCAGCUGAUUGCUGAGGCAGUCAAGGUCGCAGAGAAGAUCUGCAGUCACUCACCCCUCAUAGUCCAGCUGUGCAAGGAUUCCGUCAAUAGAGCUUUUGAAACUACUCUUCAGGAGGGAUUGCGUUAUGAAAAGAAGCUUUUCUAUGCAACAUUCUCCACUAAUGACCAGAAAGAAGGAAUGAAAGCAUUCACUGAAAAGCGAUCACCGAACUUUAGCAACAGUUAAAUAAUGAUAAUCAAAACUGGAAGACUGAUACUGACCACACCAGCAUGCACAUUUAUAAAGAUUUAAUUAUAUAAUAGUUCUUAUUAUGAAUCAUAUGCAUAUUUUUACAAUAUAUUUGUUAUCUUGUUGAAUAAUUUUGUGGAAUAUAUCUAUAGUUUUUACACGA